CUGACAGCCACCGCCAGACUGGCAGAACCUGGUGUGGUGCCGAGGCGAGCGGUGGUAAAUUUUCAGGAGGGAACACAGGGACUCUACAGAAAGCGUGAUGAAGUUGUUAGUCGUCGGUCUGGCGCUGCUCGUCGGCGGUGCUUGGGCACAACACUCAUCCUUUCCGUUCAGUCCGCUGUUGCCCGUCGCCCCCAUCGCUGUGUACCCCGAGACACAGGGUCGGGUUACGACGCCUCUGAGGCAGAAUUCCUUUGCGGAUCGCCCAUUCGUCAAUCGACAGACGUCACAGGACCCCUGCCGACCCUCGCCCUGCGGGCCCAAUACCCGGUGCGAGGUGAGCCCCAGGGGCAUCGCCCUUUGCAGGUGCCUUGCCGAUUUCGUCCCCGACGGAAACACCAUCAACGGCUGCAAGCCCCAGUGCACCAGAGAUGACGAAUGUCCUGACGACUACCGCUGCCGAUCGACCAAGUGCGUGCGCGUGUGCGUGCAGGGAGCUUGUGGCAUCAACGCCGAGUGCGACUCUCGCAAUCACCGCGCUGUGUGCAACUGCCCGAGCAACUACCGCGGUGAUCCUCACAUUCGCUGCAACAGAGAAGAGCCUGACGUCCGCGUGGCCCCCCCUGCCCCCCCUCUCGACCCGUGCCAGCCUUCUCCCUGCGGCAUCAACGCCGACUGCACCGUGCGCGGAGACAGGCCCGUGUGCACCUGCCCCAUCGGCUACGAGGGCGACCCGCUCAGCAACUGCCGCCGCGGCGAAUGUAUUGAGGCCAAUGACUGCCCAGGACACCUCACCUGCCAGCGCCUUAAGUGCAUCGACCCCUGCGGAGUGGGAGUGUGCGGCCAGGGCUCCGAGUGCACCGUCAGGAACCACCAGCCCAUCUGCUCCUGCCCACGAGGCUUCGUCGGCGAUCCCUUCAACAGGUGCAGGAGGUUCGACCCUCAGGAACUGUGCAGCCCCUCUCCCUGCGGCCGCAACACCAACUGCAAGGUGCGCAACGACCGCGCCGUCUGCUCCUGCAUCGACAACUACAUCGGCAACCCCCUCACCGGCUGUGAGCCCGAAUGCGUCCGCGAUACGGACUGCCCCAACAACAUGGCCUGCCGGCAAAACAUCUGUGUGAAUCCUUGCCGUGAUGCCUGCGGUGAGGGAGCUUACUGCGAGGUCAGGAACAGUCGCGCUGUUUGCUCUUGCCCUCAGUACUACCAGGGCGACCCAUACAGCAGGUGCUACGCCGAGUGCACCGCCCACGACGACUGCCCCAACUACCAGGCUUGCUACCAGCUGCAGUGCGUGAACCCGUGCGACGGCGCUUGCGGCACGGGCGCCGACUGCAAGGUGGAGGACCACAAGCCCAUCUGCUCUUGCCCAAGAGGCUACACCGGACACCCGUUCGAGGCCUGCCGACCCUUCACUUCUGCUGACUUGUGCAACCCUAAUCCAUGCGGAUCGCAGGCUGACUGCACACCUGGCUUCGAUAGCUCUGGCAACGACCGCCCUGUGUGCACUUGCCCAACAGGCUUCAUCGGCAACCCGCUCGUCUCGUGCCAGCGCGGAGAGUGCCAGGGCCACAAUGAGUGCCCCAACCAUCAGGCCUGUUAUGCCUACCAGUGCCAGAACCCGUGCUACUACAACGGCGAGUCCGUGUGCGGCCGCAACGCCGACUGCACGGUGAAGAACCACCAGCCGGUGUGCUCCUGCCCGCAGGGCUACGACGGCAACCCGCUGUCCGAUUGCACCAUCGGGCGGGGCGGCGGCUUCGUCGUGGGCAGAAACAGGAAGUAAAGGGGCGUUUACUGAAGAAAAUCGAAGCGAAACGAAAACAAAGAAGCUUAAUAAAAGAGAAAGAAAAGGAGAGGAGCGGAUAAAAGGGAAAGAAACGAACGAACUAAAUACGCGUUUAAUAGCGACAUUCUAACUGUAGGUUUCACAUCGCAAUACAAACACAACUUGCACUCGAACACGAAUAAUCCUCCAAAGUUGAAAAUCGCAUACGCAGAUGUUUUUGUAACAUUGUUAUGUUGAAAUAAAAAUAUUAAAUAAUCAAAGUGCAAUAAAAAAUGUAUAUGAAAACCAAGAAAAUCAUUGUUACAUAACAGAUCUUAUAAAAUGUAUAUAAAAAUCAAAACGAAAAAGUAUGGUUCACCUAUAUAUAAAAAUAAAGAAGGAAAUUAACAUACUUAAUUAUGUGUCACUACUUUUGUACCGAUGUCUACCACAAAUUUUCCUGAAACCAUUGUCAUAAAGCUUUACUCUUUGUCAUUUAGAAUUAUCUCAUUUAACAGACUGUAGAUGCACAUUUUUAUACACACAUAUGCACUUUUUAGAUCAGCAUGCAUUGAAUAACUUCGUCAGGGGCUGUAGCUUACAGUGGUACUAAAUACGAACAAAUUCACUGUUUGAAUGUGAUUUCCGCUUUCCCUAGUCAUCCCUUACUAAAAAGUGUAUAGAAUACGGGAGCCCGGUUUUUAAACACGAAUCUGCAAAGAAUAUGGGAAGUUUAAUAGCGUAUACUAUUUUAGAAGGCUGUCUCUUCGAGUUUUUCUGGUACUGGGUGAGGAAUCUUCGAGCUGGAGUCCGAGGUAGACGACACGAGAACCUCCCUGUUCCCUCCGCUGCCUCCCGCCUCUUCCUCCCGCGCCGAAGCCCCAUCCCGCUCGGCCGACCCGCCCGAGGCCGACCCGCCCGAGGCCGACCGCCACGCGUCCGGGCUCCGGCACGCUGUGAAUUUUCCUGACUGAUGAUAGCCAAGAGCAGAGAUACUCGAAAGGAGCCUUCGACUACUACCUGUCUCAGUUGUAAAAUGGGUUACAUGAAUAAUAAACUAAUCUUUCUUGAUAUUUAAUAAAAAUAAAAUUCUA